AGGCAGGCAGUGGCCAAGAUUACGUGACCUCAGAAAAUCAGCUACUUUACUACCCUAGUAUUACCUAUGCUAUCAUUGGUAGCUCUGUCAUUUUUGUACUUGUGGUGGCCUUUCUUGCCUUAGUCCUGCAUCACCAGCGGAAACGCAACAAUCUCAUGACCCUGCCAGUGCAUCGACUACAGCACCCUGUCCUGCUGUCCCGGCUGGUGGUCCUCGAUCACCCACACCACUGCAGUGUCACCUACAACGUCAACAAUGGGAUCCAGUACAUGUCCAACCAGGCCUACCACAGGCCAGUGGACCUGGACUCUCCGCCAUCCUAUUCAGAGGCUGUGCUUGACCAAAGCAGACCACCUUGGUUUGACCUUCCUCCACCUCCAUAUUGCUCUGAAUCUGAACCCCCUAAUCAGCCAGAUCUUCCUCCUUACCAGUCUCGGACGGGAAGCUUGGUGAGCACAGACACCCCCAUGGCAGGAAGCCCUCUGGGCACAGCUGGCAGUUGGACAAGAGAAAUCCAUGACAGCAUGGAUAGCCACAGAACUCUUCUCGAGGGGACAGCAGAUCAAAGCGAUUCUCUGGUCAACCACAUUGCUGAAAGAGAAGUGUAA